UUUUAUUUUUUCAAGGCCUCACAGAACUGAGUUGUAUCAGGAUGUUCCAUCAACACACUGGCCUAUCGUAUAUUCUCCAGACUACAACAUCACAUUCAUGGGACUUGAGAAACUGCAUCCUUUUGAUGCAGGGAAGUGGGGAAAAGUAAUCGAUUUCUUGAAAGAAGAAAAACUACUUGUAGAUGACUUGAUUGUACAGGCACAAGAAGCUACUGAAGAUGAUCUCUUGGUUGUUCAUACAAGGCGAUACCUUAAUAAAUUAAAGUGGUCAUUUGUUGUGGCUACAAUUACAGAAAUUCCACCAGUCCUCUUUCUGCCAAACUUUCUUGUUCAGAGAAAAGUUUUGAAACCUCUGCGAACCCAAACAGGAGGAACAAUAAUGGCAGGAAAACUUGCUGUUGAUAGAGGCUGGGCUAUCAAUGUGGGGGGUGGUUUUCAUCACUGCUCAAGUGACAAAGGUGGAGGAUUUUGUGCAUAUGCUGAUAUCACACUGGCUAUUAAGUUCUUAUUUGAAAGAGUACAAGGAGUGUCUAAAGCCACAAUUAUUGAUCUGGAUGCUCAUCAGGGGAAUGGCCAUGAGAGGGACUUCAUAGAUGACAGUAGAGUAUAUAUUAUGGAUGCAUACAAUAGAUAUAUUUACCCAGGGGAUGGAUUUGCUAAACGUGCCAUAAAACGGAAGGUGGAGUUAGAGUGGGGUACAGAGGACACAGAAUAUCUUCAGAAGGUGCAAACUCACGUGGAAGGAGCAUUAAAUGAAUUAAAACCUGACAUCGUUGUUUAUAAUGCUGGGACUGAUAUUCUAGAUGGUGAUCCUUUGGGAGGACUUGCUAUUUCGCCCCAGGGGAUUGUGAAGCGAGAUGAAAUAGUAUUCAAGGCUGCCAGAAGCCGCAGAGUCCCAAUCCUGAUGGUGACGUCUGGAGGCUAUCAGAAGAGGACGGCGCGGAUUAUUGCUGAUUCUAUUAUUAAUCUGCACAACCUGGGUCUUAUUGACAAGGAGCUAGCAACCAGUGGAGCUGAAAAUCCUAAGGUAGAACAGAUGCUUAGGAAAUGUACUAAAGACUUAACCAAUUUGUCAUUGCAAUGACAAGAUCCUAAAUAUUAGGAAUCAAUUUACUGUUUCAGGAAAAGGAGGUCUCCACAUCAUUAACAGGGUUUAAUAU